AUGGUUAAGCUAGCUGAGUAUCCUCGUACAGCUACGUUCUCAUGGUCUCACGAUAGAGUACCCGUUUUGGCGACGGGUACUGCAUCUGGAGCCAUCGAUGCCGACUUUUCGAGCACUUCAACACUAGAAUUCUGGUCGCUACUUUCCUUUGACGAAGCAAAGCCUAAGGGGUCGAUUGUUGCAGACGCAAGGUUCAAUGAUUUGGAUUGGUCUAAAGACAACAAAAUAGUUGCUGGUGCUUUGGAAAACGGGACCGUUGAGUUUUUUGAUGCUGAUGCGAUGAAAUCUGUUGCGAAGAUAAGUAAGCACCAGGGAUCAGUCAAAACUUUGAGUUUCAAUACAAAGCAGAGCAAUGUUCUAGUGUCUGGUGGUAGCCAGGGCGAUAUUUUCGUGUGGGAUACCAACAAAAUCGAAUCUGCGGAUUACUCUCCUUUUUCAAGUGGUUCUCGUACUACUCCAAUUGACGAGGUGUCUUCCUUGGCUUGGAACCAAUCGCUAGCACACGUUUUCGCCUCAGCAAGCUCUUCAGGCUACGCGUCUAUAUGGGAUUUGAAGGCCAAGAAGGAGGUUCUACAUCUAAGUUAUUCUUCACCCACGUCUGGUAUUAAGGUUCCACUAACUGUUGUGGAAUGGCAUCCAUCGAACUCAACUCGAAUCGCUACAGCUACCAACUUGGACUCCGAACCUGUUAUACUAGUUUGGGACUUGAGAAACUCCAACGUGCCAAUGAAGGUUCUAGCUAAUGGCCAUUCCAAGGGUGUGUUAUCGCUUGAUUGGUGUAAACAAGAUGAAAACCUACUUCUAUCCAGUGGCCGUGAUAACACCUCAAUCUUGUGGAAUCCAGAAGAGGGAUCAUUGUUGACGCAAUUUGCCACACGCGGUAAUUGGGUCUUCAAGUCUAAGUUUGCUCCAGAAGCACCUGAUUUGUUUGCUUCUGCCUCUUUCGACAACAAGAUCGUUGUUCAAACUUUACAAAACUUGAACACAAGUCUAGAUGCCCAAGCCAAUGAAUCAAAACAACAUGCUUCUGAGGAUGAGUUCUGGAACAACGUGACCGAAAACUCCGUCGAUGAUAAGCCAAAUACCGUUAAGAUCCAGGCCCCAAGUUGGUACGGUAACAGAUCCCCAGCUGCUCAAUGGGCUUUUGGAGGUAAGUUGGUCAAAAUUACCAAUGAUCAAAAAGGUGUCAGCAUAGUGAGACCGUCCGUUUCAGGUAUGGAAAAGAACGAAUUAUUUGACGAAUCCUUGAAAAAUAAAGAUUUCGUUAAAUUAAUUAACAAGAGAUUGUCCCACAAGAUUAACGCCACAAACGAGGAAGACUGGAACUUGUUAGAGAACCUUUCUAUGGAUGGAACUGAAAUAUUUUUAAAGGAAGCUCUAUCUUUAGAUGAAGCUGAAGAAGAACAAAAUGAAAAGGAAACUGAUCAAGAAGGGUCUGACUUCUUUAAUGAUCUAAAUGAUAAGUUUGUUCCAAGCGGCUCUUUCGAAUUAGACUUUUCAGAAAGUGUCAAGCCAAUUACUUCUGCCCUUGUUAAAGGUGAUUUGAGGGGUGCCCUAAGCCAUGCUCUGGAAAAGGAUCUCUUGUUAGAAGCGCUUAUCAUUGGUAUUACCUCUGGUGAUGAAACGUUGAUCGAUAGAGCUAAGAAUUCCUACUUCACGAAAUACUCUCAAGAAUCAAGUUUGGCAAGAACACUUUAUUCUACUGCCCAAAAAGAUGUUACCGAUAUUGUGGAAAAUAUCGCAACAUCACAGUGGAAGGAGGCUGUUAAGCUCACCUUCACAUACACUAAAGAUGAAGAAAAGAAGAACUCUCUAUUAGUUAAAUUAGGUGAAAGAUUGCUAGCUGAAGGAAACAGAAAAGAUGCAAUUCUAUUGUAUCUGGCUGGCCAGUCCUUGGAUAACAUUGCAUCUAUAUGGUUAGACGAAUUCACAGAACUUGAAAGUGAAUUAAAAUCCAGGAAGGAUACACUAUAUGAAGCUCAUUUGGAAUGUUUGACUGAGUUUGUGGAAAGAUUCACCGUUUUAUCAGACUACAUCAACAAGGAUGUGAAGAUCACUAACCAGGAAUUAAUCUCGAAGUUCUUAGAAUUCGUUAAUGUUACAGCUACUAAUGGUGACUUUGACUUGGCGUUGAGAUUCUUGGAAACCCUCCCAGGAGAUAAUGAGGAAGUCAAGGGUGAAAAACAACGUGUUUUGAUUGCUUCUGGUAAGUCUGUUUCUAGCAGAACUUCCAACUUAUCCGAUGCAACCAAAUCGAAGCAAGGUAGAUAUUCUUCAGUCAGUGCAAAUGCUCCAGUUGCAGGCAUUGCAACACCAAAUCCUUUACUCACGGGUGGCCAACCAUCUAUUGCGUCUAGCACGAAUGCUAGACCAAGGCAAGCUGCUUAUGCUAGCUACACUCCGGCUGCAACUUCUACUCCUAAUCCUUAUGCACCACCUGUUGCUGCUGCCUCAAACUCUACCGCUAAUCCUUACGCGCCACCUGCAGCAGCAACGAAUACCGCUGCGGUGGCCGCUAACCCAUAUGCGCCAGCAGUUUCUUCAAUCCCAAACAACUCUACGCCAGCAGGUAAUCACAAUACCGCUAUGAACGGGAGAACAUCCUUUACACCUGCAUCAGGAAAUAUCCCAGCAAAUCCUUAUGCCCCACGCUCGGCUGCUACUCCACUGCAACCUUCUUCUCCAGUAAGCCAUCCACCAAUUUCAGGUGCUAGAACUUACUCUGGUCAAACUCCUCAUCUUCACGAAAAACCAAUCGAUGGCUGGAACGAUCUGCCAUCAAUCCAAAAGGAAAAACCAACUCGUGCGAAGGCUGUGAAUACCGCUCCAAUCGGAGUCGUGGGUUCCCAAUAUGGAACUCCAGAAUUACCAAGUGGACCAGGUUCAUUGUCAAGAAUAGGAUCAAAUCCUAGCUUCCCAGCGCCUCCUCCUCCACCAUCCAAUAUGAGAAGAACGCCUAAACCAACACCACCUCAAGUUACUUCACCACCACCACCACCACCAGCAACAUCAAAGAAGACAAGCUCUUAUGCACCAACAGUUGCACCAACUCAACCGGCAACAACCAAUGCUCCUUCAUUCCCUGUUCCAUCUUCCAACCCAGCUCCAAAUGGUCACUCACAAUUUGUACCACCUCCUAAUCCAUACAGUCCAUCUCCACCUAUUGCAACACCAACAGGAAUAGUUCCACCAAAACCUCAAGUGUCCAAUCUUCCUGCUCCAGUGCCAAAGGUAGCCGCAGCCACAGCACCACCACCAAUGAAGAUGAAAAGGAAGAGCCAUGCAGUCGGUAACGCAAGUGCCGCAAACGAUUUGUUGAGUGCUAUCCAAAGCAAGCCUUCACCACCAAGCGCUUCUGUUCCUGCUCCACCUAGCAGUACUGCUCAAAUUUCAGCAACACCAGUUUCAACUGCCACGCCAGAAUCUAUUCAACCGGCUGGCAUCAGUGAGGGAGACAGACCAAUUGUAGACUUUUUCCUCGCGGAGUUGGAACGUGUUACCCCAUUAAUUCCUCAAGAAUACUCUAAGCAAUUGAAAGAUUGUAACAAGAGAAUUAAAAUACUAAUUAAACAUCUUGAGCAACAUGACUUGUUAACACAACCUACUAUCGAUAAGUUGCACCAUAUUGUAGAACUAUUGAAGGAAGGAAAGUACGCAGAUGCUCUAGAAAUCCACAAGGACUUAUCUGAAAACCACAGUGCAGAAGCAGGCAACUGGCUCACUGGUGUCAAAAGAUUAAUUAAUAUUGCAGAGGCUACUUCUUCACAAUGA